UUUCUUGCAGAAUAUUACAUGUCUAAUCGAGAUUUGCUUCCAGAUCUACUAUCUGACUCAGUUCUAAAUGCCUUGUCACUUGAGACUUUAGUCAGGCAAGGAGCAGAAGCACGAAUCUAUCGCACUAAGUUGUUCCAUUCAACAUAUACUUUUCCAUGUAUUGUUAAAGAAAGAUUCGUCAAACGUUAUCGUCAUAGUACAUUGGAUGCCACUUUGUCAAUGCAGCGAAUGCGAGCUGAAGUCAGACAGAUGUUGCGUUGUAGAGAAGUAGGAAUAGAUGUCCCUCCAGUCCUUCUGGUUGAUGUUCGACGACGUCGGAUUUGGCUCGGUGAAGUUGGUCCAGAUGCUGUCACACUUCAAGACUGGUUUAAAAACUUAUCUUCUCUAGCAACUGCAUCAGAUUUAUGUACCAUGGAUAUCCAGGAGAAAACAGCUUCACGAUUGCGAAAUUUAACAACGGCAUUAGGUCGACUACUUGCUCAGCUACAUUCUAACCAUAUAAUACAUGGUGAUUUGACUAUGUCCAAUAUUCUGGUUCAACAGGUAGAUAAUUGUAACAAAGAAUCCGAUUUUCGAGUCGUUCCUAUAGAUUUUGGACUUUCAAGCUCUUCUUCUGGAUUAACCUCACAACGUUUAGCAGAAGAUAAAGCUGUAGAUCUGUAUGUGUUUGAACGGGCCUUAACCUGUGGCCUUGAUCACAAAGCCCUGUCAAAAAUUACCACUGACCACGCCGAUUUAAAUACUCCAGAAUCGCUUCUGAAUUUAAUUAUAAAGUCCUAUCGGGAUAAUUAUGUAUCGACAAUACUGGAUGAUCAACAGAUAAAGUCUAAACAUGAUAAUGCAAAAUCAGGUGGUCAUUUGGAAAAACAAGAUCACGAAGUCAAAGAAAUUUUAAACAAAUUGGAGGACGUUCGACUUCGUGGUCGAAAACGUCUGAUGAUCGGUUGAAUCGCACUUUGUGAGUGCGUUAAGUGAUAACUUUCUGCAAAUUAUCGUACAUGUACAUUAUUUGAAUAAUUGUAUUUUAUAAUUUCUGAACCCGUUUGACGACUCUAAUCCAAUUUCUUUUCUUGGAUACAAAGCCACUAAUGAAAAUAACUUGAUCAGUCAGGGUUUACGAAAUUCGAAUCGUGAUGUAUCCAAACGUCUGUCACACUAUCAAACUGCAGCCAAAUAGAACGUACCUUCUUCGAAGUAAGUGGAUAAGAAAUUUAGGAUACGCACUAGAACCCGUAGAAUAUCAUAAUAUUGUAUUAAACGCUCGCUAGCAAUUAGUAAGAAAAUAAUGAUAAAUAGUUGAAGUAGGUCGUCCACAAGAAACCUUGAACCUAGGUUUGGUAAUAUUCUACGCUCGUAAACGUUAUUCGUAGAUAUAGUUAAGAUGUAACUGCUUAAAAGUAGGUGAGUAUUGAGUACAUACUAUUAGUUGUGUUGAGAUAUGGAAAUAAAUUGGAUAAAUGCAGCGUUACCUUAAUGAAUGUAACUUAAAAGAUAGUAUAGUUUACAAAAUCCUAAUAACACAAAAUUAC